AUGACGGGAGACAAACCCUGGCCCCAAGUGCUUGUGGGCAACAAAGACCACACAUCCGCCGCCGUAGUAAUCAUCGGAGCCGGAAUCAGCGGAAUAUGCACCGCGAUAUCUCUCCUCCAGUCAAGUCCUCCCAUCAACAACAUCAUCAUACUUGAAAAGUCCACCGGUCUCGGCGGCACCUGGCGCGACAACAAGUACCCCGGCUGCUGCUGCGACGUGUGGUCGCAUCUCUACUCCUUCUCUUUCGAGCAGAACAGCGACUGGACACGCGAAUACCCCGGCCAGGAGGAGAUCCUCCGCUACCUGGUCUCGGUCGCUGCUAAAUACAACAUCUGGCCUCUGAUCCGCUUCGGUACCCAGGUCGAGACCAUGACCUGGGACGAAUCGACCAACGAAUGGAAUGUCGCUGUGCGCGUAACCUCAAGCAAAGACGCCGAGUUUGGAGAGGAGUAUACCAUCAACACCGACUACGUCGUAAGCGCCGUUGGUCAGCUCAAUGUCCCACGCAUGCCCGACAUCGAGGGCCUAGACGAAUUCAAGGGCAAGGUAAUGCACAGCGCACGCUGGGACUGGGGCUACAGUCUCAAAGACAAGAAAGUCGCCAUCAUCGGCAAUGGCGCCACUGCUGCGCAAAUUAUUCCGGAGAUCGUGAAGGAGGUGGGAAGUCUGACCAUUCAUCAGCGGACGCCCAAUUGGAUCAUCCCACGGGCGGACGCGCCGAUCUCGGGCUGGAAAAGGAGUCUAUACAAGUGGGUGCCGCCCGUGAGAUGGCGGAAGAGGAGCGAUAUGAUGGAUUUCAGAGAGGCGUUUUAUGAUGCGGUGACGGAUAAUGAGAGCGCAUUUGCGAAGAUGUUGGAGGACUCGCAUCGGGUGUUGAUGAAGAGUCAGUUGGCGGGGAGGGAGGAGUUGUGGAAGAAGUUGGAGCCGAACUAUAAGGUUGGGUGUAAGCGGGUGAUCAUCAGCGACGACUAUUUCCCCGUCUUCAACCGCUCCAACGUCCGCCUCGAAACGGGCUCCAUCGACCGCAUCACGUCCGCAGGCAUCACCACAGACGGCACCACUGAAGACUACGACCUCAUCAUCCUUGCCACAGGCUUCCGCACCGUCGAAUUCAUGCACCCGAUUACCAUCACCGGCAAGAACGGCAGAACCCUAAAGGACGUCUGGAAGGAGGGCGGGCAAGCACUCUAUGGCGUGACCAUCGAGUCUAUGCCUAACUUUGGCAUGCUGUACGGGCCAAACACGAACUUGGGGCACAACAGCAUCAUUCUGAUGAUCGAGGCGCAGGCAAAGUAUAUCGCGGGCAUGGUGAGUGAGGUGGUUAAGGCCAGGUCUGAGGGCGGGAGUCUGUCGGUUACGCCAAGGAGUGAGCGGGUGGAAAGGUUCAAUGAGGAGAUUCAGGAGGAGUUGCAGAGGAGCAGCUUCGCUGAUGCGAACUGCAAUUCGUGGUAUAAGCGGAAGGAUAACGGGAAGAUCACGCAGAAUUGGAGCAGGAAUGUGGUUGAUUAUCAGAAGCUUCUGAGCAAGAUCGACUGGAGCGAUUUCGACCUGGAGGGCACCGUGGCGGCGGAGUUCAACGAUGGAGGCAAGGAAAGCACGCACCUGGGCCGCGUAAGAGAGGAGUCCUUGGUCAGCUAUCAGACUAUGGGUUACACAGUGCUGGGCCUGGCAGCCGUUGGUGUGGGCGCUGUUCUGCGGAACUCGGGGAGGCUCAGACUUCGUUAG